AUGGGUGGACUGGAGAGGCUGAGAGAGUUUAGUUUUUUGCGCUGGUUGAGAGAAGGCCGGCAGUCUCGAAAAUUGAUUCUGUUCAUCGUGUUUAUAGCACUGCUCCUGGACAACAUGUUGCUGACUGUGGUGGUGCCCAUCAUUCCCAGUUACUUGUAUGCUCUUCACCACCAAUCCCUGACGGAAAACCCCACCCAAAACCCUGGAGUUGUUUCCGCCACUCGAUUUGAGAAAAUAUUUUCCUAUUACGACAACUCGACAAUGAUAACAGGGCCGGCGAGCGAACGAGGAGAUAAAGGGGAGGGUUUCAGAACAAUCCAGCCCCCCGUCACCAACACGACUGAGGCACCCGACUCCAACAGGAGCUGUUUAAACAAGGACCAAGACCUGCUGAAUGAGAAUGUUCAAGUCGGUCUGUUGUUCGCUUCAAAGGCCACCGUACAGCUUGUGACAAACCCCUUCAUAGGGCCGCUGACCAACAGGAUAGGAUAUCAAAUUCCAAUGUUUGCAGGAUUUAUCAUCAUGUUUAUAUCAACAGUUAUGUUUGCUUUCUCGAAGAGUUAUGUACUACUAUUCUUAGCCAGGUCUCUGCAGGGUAUAGGCUCCUCAUGUUCCUCUGUAGCAGGUAUGGGGAUGCUGGCCAAUGUUUACACUAAUGAUGAAGAAAGGGGUAAUGCAAUGGGUAUUGCAUUAGGAGGCCUCGCGAUGGGAGUUUUGGUGGGCCCACCCUUUGGCAGCGUGAUGUAUGAAUUUGUGGGAAAAACGGCUCCCUUCCUGAUUCUGGCAGCGCUGGCACUUCUAGAUGGAGCCCUACAGCUGUUUAUCCUCCAACCAUCCAAAGCACAACCAGAAAGCCAGAAGGGGAGCUCACUGUUUACACUUUUACGUGAUCCUUAUAUAUUGAUUGCCGCAGGAGCCAUAUGCUUUGCAAACAUGGGUAUUGCAAUGCUAGAACCAGCCUUGCCCAUUUGGAUGAUGGAGACCAUGUGCUCCCCGAAAUGGCAACUGGGCAUUGCUUUUGUUCCAGCAAGUGUCUCAUAUCUAAUUGGAACUAACAUCUUUGGUGUCCUUGCACACAGAAUGGGCAGGUGGUUGUGUUCUCUUCUUGGGAUGAUAAUCGUUGGAAUAAGCAUUGUUUGUGUACCACUUGCCAAAAAUAUAUAUGGACUCAUUGUGCCAAAUUUUGGAGUUGGUUUUGCCAUAGGAAUGGUAGAUUCUUCUAUGAUGCCUAUUAUGGGUUACCUAGUGGACUUGCGUCAUGUCUCUGUGUAUGGAAGUGUUUACGCAAUUGCAGAUGUGGCAUUUUGCAUGGGGUUUGCAUUAGGGCCUUCUAGUGGUGGAGCUAUUGCUAAAACAAUAGGAUUCCCUUGGUUAAUGACAAUGAUUGGUAUCAUUGACAUACUAUAUGCUCCACUGUGCUUUUUCCUUCGAAGCCCUCCUGCGAAGGAAGAAAAGAUGGCUAUUUUGAUGAAUCAAAAUUGCCCUGUUAAAACCAAAAUGUACACAACUCAGGACCACUUUCAGAAUGCCCCUGUGGUUGAUGAUAAUGAGGAAGAGUCUGAGAGUGAUGAAUGAUUGCUGCCAUAUUCUUUACAGCAUAUAUUUUAAUGUACAAU